UGUCUGUGUAACGUUUGACUCCGCCCAUUGUAAAACGACUUGUGGCGCGGGCUCGUACGACCGUUACAACGAUUGAUUUUUCAAAUUUUAAAAUUGCCAAUGCACUUGCAGCCGUGUCGGCCCGUCCCAUCAUCUGCCGACCGUUCGCGUUUAUUUUUCUGAGCACUUUAAGGUUAACUUUAAGUUCAUAUAAUUAAUAUAUUUUCAUCGACUGUUGUUUUUCGGUAUUUCUGAGUCUUAACAAUGGUUCUAUCAGACGUCAACAACUUGGGCGGUGCAAAAAAAUCAGCAGCCGAACGUUGGCUACGACAGCGCAACGGGCAACGAGCGUCAGCGGCCCGUUGCAUAUUCGGCCCGCCCGAGAAACGAGCUCAUCUUAUGGUAAUAAUGCGAAACGAGACUGAAAUGGAACGGAAACGAAUAGAGUUUGCGUCAAGAUACGAACCUGUUGGCCUGUCAACCUCCGAACUUCGCUCGUUUUACGACGGACUUCUCAGAUCUCCAUCACAUAAUAUAAUAGAUAACCUUAAGCAUAAAAAAUUGGACCAGCAGCACAAGAUUUGUAAUAAAUCCGAAAACGAUGGGAGAAAUCAAAAAUGAAUUUACUCUUAGAAGAGGAGCCAAAACAUGUCUUGUCGUAAAGAUCUCUCGCCUAACCUUUAUGUUUUAAGAUUUUUUUAUUAUCUUCUAAAUCUAUCUAAUAUUAUCAUCUCAUCUACUUUAUAAAAAAUCUAUGGUUUGGGAAAAUUGGGCUAUUUUAUACAUUUCUUUUUUACUUUUAAAUUUGCAUUAGGUUAUACAUUUUUGUAAAUAGUCGGGACAAAUUGAUUAACUAUUACGUUGAAUUGGUUAUAUAUGACGACAGUUAUAGUGUAUAACUGGACUUUAUGAUAAUAUUAAACAAAAUAGAACAACGACGUUGUUGCUAAUCUAAUAUUCUUAAAAACACCGUAAUAAUCAGUAGCAUUGCCGAGAUAACAGAGGUCAAUAAAACUAUCAAACAACGCAUUUAUUAUUAAUAUACUAUAUAACCUAGUAGUAGUAUAAAAAAUACUUUGCUUUAUCUUCUUUAACUGGGAUAUUGAAUUUUGAGUUUUUUUUUUUCACAUUUAAAAUGUUUUCCCUGUUGUAAAAUAUUUAUCACGACAGAUACUCAUGAUAAUGGCUACAACAUUGUAGCUAUUUCAAAAAAUAUAUAUGCAAUAUAUAUGCUAGUCUAAUAAUUUGUUACGGAGAGAAAAAAUAUUUAUGCGUUAUUUAAGUAUAAAUAAGUAAAUUUAUAAGUUGAAAAAAUAUUUAUUAUAUAUUAUUGAAACUAAACAAAGAAAUCAAUGAUUUCAUAUUAGGGUUAUACAAUACGAGUAUUUGAAACUUGUGUGUACUUCUUAAAGGUCUAAAAUUAAAAAGGCAUUUAUGUAUUAUCAAUCACUAUUAUUGUAUUUUAAUUAUUAUUUUAUUUUUAACAUCAUAAAUAUGUCAGAUUUUAAAUUGUUAAAAACUUUAAAAAAUGAUGAUUUUUGACAAUAUAUUUUUUGUGUAUUUUUUAUUACCAAUAUUUUGGUGUUUUUAUUUUAUUUAUAAGAAUUUUUGUCCAUAAAAAAUAAUUAGGUUAGUUUUAAUAUAAUUAUUAAAAUAUUUUUUUAAAGAAAAUUAAUGCUGGUUGCUCAAAUAAAAUUAAUUGAAAAAAAUCAAUAAUAGUUAAAAAAAAAAAAAAUAA